AAAAGGCGGGAACCCUUUUCAUUGAAUGUUUUUCACGCUGUUGCAACUUUUAAUCUUUAUCUAAAAUCCACUCACGAUAGUUAAAAGUAAAAUAAUAUAAACGCAAAAUAAAACAUGUUUAGGCCCGAAGACCAGCAAGUUGAGAUAUGUUUACUCAAGUCAAAUUUAGAAGAAAUCGAAAAUGAGUUAGUGAUUCAGCGUUCCGCCCUACCAGCAUUGGACGCAGAAAAUGAGCAAAAAUAUAGAGAGACUAUGGCCGCGCUGCGGGUCACGCGCUCAUUGAACACGGAAAUUGAACGACUUAAACUUGAGAAUGUGCGAUUGACUGCAAAACGUAUGCAACUGAAGCGACAAAGCGAUGAUAUUACUAAAAGCUUGGCACGGGCACGGGAAGAUCAAAAUGAACUCGCAAAUUCUGUGAAGCAAGAAACAGAGGCAACAGAACUUAUCAUACGUCAGUAUGAAGACUUGUUGGAAGAAAUAUCAAAUCGAUUCAGAAACACUCGAGGAUAUUAUAAUGAAGAAGAAAUUAAUAAGGAAACAGAAAAUAUUAAUACAACUAUAACACAAUUAACGGAUGAAUUAGAGAAGAGACAAAGUAUGGCAGAUGAAUUGAAAUCACAGCUGAAUAUGAUUGUACCAGCUGUGCCAGAAGACAUCCUUACAAUAUUUGGAAAACAAGAAUUAGAAGAUAAAAUGAAGGAACUUUCUGAAAAGUUGGAAGCCUUAAUUGAAAAACGUAAAAUUCUUCUAGAAAACCCGAGUGCCACAUAAAUUCUAUACGAUGCGAUUCGAUAAGAUAAGUUUUUUCACUUCCUUUUAAUGUUUCCAGAUAUUGUACUCUUUGAAUAAAAUAUAGUACAGGUCAAUACCUACAUACAUAGACCUGUUAGUUAUUUAACAUGAAUCUAAUAAGAAUUCUAAGUUAAUUAGUAUCUAAUAAACCUCUUAUAAACAGAAA